UCACCUGUUGGUUGCGAGGCUGACAUGGGGCGUUCAGGUACUCCCCCUCGCCUCCAACGCACAAAGACACAAAAUGGAGCUGAAACUACCUGGCUGAGGAAAAGUACAGUUUCGCCCAAUAGUAUGCAUAAACUGAAGUUUUAUUUGCGUAUUUGAGGAAAUAAUUAUAAGAUAAGUCGACUGAUACCUCGAGGAAAGGGGAUUAAAAUGUUGUGGACGUUAAUCAUCGCCGCCUUAAUGGCAACAGAGUCCACCAUGGCCAUCUCGGUCCAGUGCUCCACCAAGAGGUACAUUGUCAUCCUCUUCCAGCCCGUCACCCUCACCUGCAACUACCAGACAACCGCCAGUCAGCCUCCUGUCGUCACGUGGAAGUACAAAUCCUAUUGCCAGGACCCUAUUCAGGCUGCAUUGAAUCCCAGCAGUGCAAGCAACGUUCUGUCUCAGAACAACCCCAACUACAACCCCAACAUCGAGUGUGCCGAUAGCCAGAGGACGGUGCGCAUAGUAGCCUCCAAACAAAGCAAUGCCGUUACCCUCGGCUCGGAGUACCAGGGUCGCAAGAUCAGCAUCCUAAACAAUGCAGACCUGAAUAUUGCGCAGACGGCAUGGGGCGACAGCGGUGUCUACGUCUGUUCUGUGGUCUCUUCCCAGGACCUUUCAGGAAACGGUGAAGACUACACAGAGCUAAUUGUACUCGACUGGCUCCUGGUUGUUUUGGUGGUUAUGGGCUUCCUGUUGCUGCUGCUCCUGAUCGGGAUCUGCUGGUGCCAGUGCUGUCCACACACCUGUUGUUGCUAUAUCAGCUGCCCCUGCUGCCCUGACCGCUGCUGCUGCCCACGAGCAUUGUACGAGGCAGGAAAAGCAGUGAAGAAAGGUGGUAUGCCAAUGAGUCAAUAUGCUCCCACCCUCUAUGCUCCCAGUAUGUAUGCCCAGCCAGCAUACGGUGGCCAGCCUGGUAUGCCUCUGCUUCCUCUACCAAACGGAGCUGGACCCCUACCUCCCCAGAACGGCUACGGUCGGGAUUAUGAUGGCGCUAGCUCUGUCGGACAGGGCUCCCAGGUGCCUCUGCUGCGUGAACAAGACGGGGGAGGGGACCACACUCGCAGUGGGUAUCGCAUCCAGGUGGACCCCGAUGGGAACGCCACACGUGCCAUUUACUACAUGGAGAGGGAGCUGGCCAACAUGGACCCAUCCAGACCUGGCAACUACAACCGCUUAGAUAAUAUGACUGAAGUCAGUUCCCUGCAUGAUAGCGUGGAGGCUCGAGGCCGCGGGGGGCGCUCCCAGCCGCCACAUCUGCCCACCGUCUAUGACCGGGAUGAAGCCAUGAGCACCAUCAGCAGUGUUUCCCAGCAAGGCCACCGCCGUGAUGACUACCCGCGCCAUGGUGGUGGGAACAUGGAGAAUCGUGUACGUGCCCGCUCCAUGGACAACCUUGACGACAUCGGACGGCGCUACGGCCGAGAUGACUACCCACCACAACGCUUCCCAGAUGAGCCCAGAGGCAGGAGAGGCUCGGAUGAUGGGUGGAGCAGCAGCGCCCGCAGCGGCAACGAUCGCGACUUUGACGACCGCAGGCGUCGCGACUACUCCCCCGAUAAUCGUCGGAGAGGAGACGGAGGGGGUCUCCCAGGGAGACGCAGCCGCAGCCGCGACGAUCUGAUGGACCUGGAGAGGGAUCGCCGGCCGGGCGCCGAUGCCAGGGGCAGGCGAGACGAUUAUGAUGACAGCUUCCUGCGAGAAGCCUUGGAGAAGAAGAAGCUGGGCGAGCAGCAAAGGGCGCGCAGCCGCGAGCGCCUGGACAGCGAGAGCGACCGCUCGGAUCGUGGGAGGGCGCCACGUGGGCCCCCACCGCUUCCUCAGAUCCCACCCUCUGGACAUCCUGGUCGCCGUGACGACUACCCACCUCCUCCACUUCCACCAUACAGUGAAAAUGAAAGUGUGUCAUCUUCAAAGAAAAGCAACCUCCGCAAGAACGGAGCAGUGAGUCGAGAGAGCCUGGUGGUGUGAAACCAGCCAUGACGUGAGCAACCUGUCCAAUACUGCAGCUCUGGAUCAGUUAAUUUCUAAAUCUGUAAAUAUUAGUCACACUGCUGAUUCACUGCGCUGAUUUUUAUAUUUCAUAAUUUACAGGAAACUUAUCACAAAUUGAUGCUGAAUGUGUAUGUAUACUUUUCUAAACUGGGAAGAGGUGCACAGAUGAAAUGUUACGUGCCUUUUCGUGUAUAAAACAUUGUGGCUGCCACAAGUGCCUUAAGAGUGUACAGAAUUUUACUUGUAGACGUGAAAGUUGAUAAAUAAUUCUGUCUCUCACGUUUACUCGUCAAGGUGUUUUACAUCUUGACGAGUAAACGUGUUCCGAUUGGUUUCAACUUUUUCGUAGUUUCAGUUAGCUGAUACAAGUACUGAUGUAGAUUUGCUGGGGUCUAUAGAUUCUUCUGGCUUUUUACUUGUGAAAAUUUGUUUUUAUAAGAAAAACUAUGUAUAUUUAAAGGAAUUUAUUUUAUCUCUGCUUUUUGCUUUUAGUUGUGUUUGAGUUUGCUCAAUGUAUUUAGAAACCUGAUUAGAAUGUCUUUAAGUACUCGCAUUUCAUGUUGUUUUCUUUUUUUACACAAGAUUUCAGUUUUAACUUGCAGUAUGUUGUACAGCUGACCAGUAAUACACUUUGAAACAGCAAAUGUUUAUUGUGAUGUGAUGAAACCUAAUUUUACAAUAAAUGUCUCUAUUGCCAGGCCA